CUGCAAAAUUAAAAUUUUUACUUUAGUCAUACGCAUUAGAAAUCAAUUCUGUGGGGUUGUUUGCCCCUUCUCCCCCAUGGCUUCUUCUGCUUUUCAUUUGUCAUGUGCUACUUACAACAAACAUACUUUGUUCAGUUGAUUCGAAUGGAUCCCAUUCAUGUCGCUGCCUCCUAUGACUUUGAUAUGAAAAUAAAUGGAAUUCUUAGCAUUAUCCUGCAAGAUGAGGGAGAUUCAUUCACCAAGAGGGCUGAAAUGUACUAUCAAAAGAGACCUCAGCUCAUCCAAAUGGUUGAAGACUUGCACAAAUCCUACCGCUCCUUAGCUGAUAAGUACGAGCAGCUGAGAUCCCAACUCAACCACGGUUCUCAUCCAACACUAUUAUCGUCGUUGUCAAGUCCUGUCAACCAAGUCCAAGGAUAUGUUGAGUUGAAUGCUGACGAUCCUGAUCUUGAGACUGAAUUCGACGAUGAUGUCUCGAACCAUGUGUCUAGCAAGGAGUCAAAGAUGAAGGCAGAGGAUAAAAUUAGGCAGGGAGAGAAAAAGAAAACGAGCAAUGGCAUUGGAAUGCAGCGGAAUACAAGUGAUGGUUACGAAGCGGCCAUGUUGGAAAAUGAGAAGCUGUGGAAUGAACUAAGGUUCAAGGUGUCGGAACUGGUAGAGGAUAACUUAAGUCACCAGGCUGAGUUGAUAAGGAGAAACGAUGAGAAGAGAGAAAUAAUUAGAGAUCUUUGUUCCAAGAUGAAGAUGGAUGAGAACAAGGCCCUGACUGCCAACAACACUCGGUCUCAAGUAUCAAGACUAAAGAGGCUAUUCCUUGGGAAGUUUAUGAAAUGAAAGUUCCUGGAGGCAAUUUCUUUCAGUAUCCUACUUCCUCCCACGAUAACAAUAAAACUCAGGCCAAUAUCCCUCUAUAUCUGGAUCAUAUGUUUCUCCUCCAUCAUGAAUGGGCUGAUGCUUUGCAUAGUAUUUCUGAUGGAUCGUACAACAAGCCCUGAUUGAUGGGCUGGAGUUCUUUUUCGGCUUGCGUUGCAUCAUUAUAUGCUCCCAUUUUAUUUCCACGGUAACUUUAUUAGAAUGUUAUAUUUUAAGUAUAAUUUUAUUUUUAAAUCAUUUUUUAAUAAAUUAAUGAAUAUAAAUAUAGUAUUGCUUUUAUCUUUUA